AGAGAACAAUGCCGGCGACGAAAGGGGGCGAUAGCGCAGAAGCUAUCAUCCUGAAUUUCAUCAACGAGCAAAACAGGCCGCUCAACGUCCAAAUCGUGGCGGACACGCUCCAGAAGCACGGGAUCAAGAAGACCGCCGCGCAGAAGAUCCUCGAUUCUUUUGCCGAGAGUGGCAAGAUCUCGUUCAAGGAGUAUGGCAAGCAAAAGAUUUAUCUGGCAAAGCAGGACCAGUUCGAGAUCCCCAGCAAGGAGGAGCUCGAAUCGAUGAAGGCCGACAUUGCCAAGCUGCAAGAAAGCCUUGCAGCCGAGAAGAAGAUCGUCGCUGGCCUUGAAACAGAGGUAAGAUCUGCCGAGUCGAGCUUGACGCUCGAUCAAAUCAAUGACCGGAUGAAGAUGGUCUCGGACGAGAUUUCAUCCAUGGAGUCCAGAAUCACCCAGCUACGAGCUGGGACGGUCCUCGUCACUGCCGAGGAACGCAACAAGGUGGAAGCCGACUACAACAAAAAGACCGGGCUAUGGAGGAAACGCAAGAGGAUGUUCAAGGAUCUCUGGGACAUGAUCACGGAAUCGAUGCCCAAGAACCAGAGCGAACUCAAGGAAGAAGUCGGGAUUGAGACUGACGAUGAUCUAGGAAUCGACAUCUCAAAGUACUGCUCCUACAAAUUCAAGAAAGCCAAGCUCCGAUGAACCAAGUAAGAUAUAUGCUCUCAUAUUGCACCGAGUCAAUCAGCAAUGCUCUCAAAUGGCGAAGAACUCACAAGCCGUAGCCAAAAACGGCACGAAUCUUGUGGAAAAUCAGCUCCUUCCAGCCUCGACGAGUGGUCUCGUAGACAGUCGCAUUUCCAAACCUUUGAAACAAAACCACUGUAAGCAUCACACCAUGGCACAAAAAAAAGGGCCUUUUUUCUUCGUCA